UUUUUUCUUUCACGUUCUCGACCGGAAGUGAUUUUCCUGAAGGUCAAAGGAACGGAGAAAUUCUUCAAGGUGUUUCGUGUGUCUUCAGUUAACCACCCAGAGACCAAAAAUGCUUCCCAGGGUCUUACCUCUUGCUAAUUCUUUGAGGACGACAGUUAGCCGUUCCUCAGUUUUAGCCUGCAACAUGAGUGGACAUGCUCACUGGAAAUCUGAUAGAGAUAUUGACAAGGAAACACUUUCCCAUAUGGAUUAUUUGCCUAUUCCAGAAGGUUGUUGGUCUUCAGAUUUUAAAAGGAACCAAGGAAAGUACAACGUGCAGCUCUUGCUAUCUACUUCAAUAGCUAUUGUUACUGGAUUUGCCAUGUAUCAGACUGGAUGUUUUAAUGCUUGGAUUACUCCACAGAAGUCUUGCGGCAAGUAAAUUUUAGGACCAGAAAUAAAGAGCUAACCUUUCCCUGUUCACCUUUGAAAUGUAGACAUAUUCUUAAAUAAAUAAAAACUGCAAAAAGACAAA